CCAUUCUAUUAUUAUUCAAUUUUCACAAUUCUAAGAAGUUUUAUAUAUUUUUUUUCAAAAUGGGGUGCUGCUAUAGUUUCUGUAAAGAGGACAACAGCCAUCAGAGUGGUGAAGUUAAUGAACGUACACAUUUACUUGUGGAUCCUGUUAGUAAUAAUACUAAUAUACCAAGAGUUCAUAGCGAUGAUUAUGUGAAUCAAUAUGCAAGUUCGGUACCAAAAAAAACAGAUGAGCAAAGCGCACUUAAUAGAAUUCUUCAUGAAACGGCAGCGAAUAUAAUAGAUGUUGGAGCUUUAGAUUCUCAUAACUUAGAACAACAUGAAUAUUUAGAAAGAUCAAGAGCUUAUGCAAAACGAAUAGAGACUGUUGGAAUUAAAGUACCAGAUAUCUCUUAUUGUAUACUUAGAGAUAUACCAGCACCAGAAAGAGUUCUUGCCUCUGAGCCUAUAAUUCACUGUGAUAAAGAACUUAUCACAGAUUUUAUACACAAAGCUGUGAUAGCAUUGAAUGAAAUUCAAGUUGAACAUAAAGAAGAUCUUGUGGUUCCUUUCUUAUCGUGAUCUUCACAUUCCCCACUGAAUCUCCAAACCAGAUUAAAACGAACUAUGUCAACUCAAUUUUUAGAGAAGCAAGAUGAGUUAAUGGGUAUAUGGGUAAAGAGUUACUUUACUGAUUGAACAAAUGGAUUCAACAAAAUAUACUAUUUUAUUUGUACCCAACUUACAUUUUCAUUAAUGA